AUGCUCAGAGUCGCGAUUGUUUUCCUCUCGAUCUCGCUUCUUUUCGAACGCUCAUUUGGAGCCCCACAACCGGGGACUUGCACUAAAGACGACGAAUGUCCAUCCGGAUCCGACUGUUUCAUCGAUCCAGAGAAAUGUCCGAAUGUGGGUGAAGGCUGCGGCGGCAUUUGUCGAUCCAAGAAUUGCGUCUCGGCAAACGAUUGCCCAUCAGGCGAGAUGGCACGAAAC